CAAGCCGAAACUCCACAAAGUAAGCCUAUACUUAUGUUUUGUUCGAACACCCAACAAGUGCAGACGACGACGAUAUUUCUCGAUAGUCUCGUGAUUUUUACAAAAUGGCGACCAAGGAAGAGGAUUUGACGUUGGAAUCUUGUUUAAAUGCAGCUACAAAUCCUGCUAUACGUGAAGAGGACUGGGAGGCCAUCUCCAAGUUUGUUGAUCAAGUGAACAAAGAACUAGAGGGUCCUCAGUAUGCUGUCCGACUUCUAGCUCAUAAAAUCCAGUCCCCUAUCGAGAGAGAGUCCUUAUAUGCUCUAACGACUCUUGAGUCAUGUGUGAAGAAUUGUGGGAAACGUUUUCAUCAAGAAGUUGGGAAGUUUAGAUUCCUCAAUGAAAUUAUAAAAGUUAUAUCUCCAAAGUAUUUGGGAUCCAAAACUACAGAGAAAGUGAAAAAGAAAUGUAUAGAAUUAAUGUAUUGUUGGCAUAAAGGUUUACCCCAUGAACCAAAGGUGGCUGAAGCCUACCAGAUGUUAAAACAGCAGGGUAUUGUGAAGGAAGAUCCAGUCUAUAUGGAUAAGGAAUCACUUGAUUUACCAAAACCCGUUCCUGAGGAGGACAGAAGAGCUACCUUUGAAGAUGAAGAAAAGGCAAAGACCUUAGCAAAAUUAUUGAAGAGUAAGAACCCAGAAGAUCUGCAGGCAGCAAACAGGCUUAUCAAGAACAUGGUCAAACAGGACACAGAAAGAAUGGAGAAAGUAUCACGGAGAAUCAAUGAGCUGGAAACAAUUCAUGCAAAUUCUAAACUGUUAAAUGAAAUGGUGAACCAUUACAACCCUCAAUCAACAACAGAGUCUGAGAAAGAAAUGAUGAAGGAGUUGUAUGAUUCCCUAGAGAAAUUGCGGCCAAAGCUGUUUCGUCUGGCCAGUGAGACAGAAGAGUCCGACACUGAUGGACUUAAUACAAUACUGAAAGCCAAUGAUGAAGUGGCUCUUACUAUGUCACAGUACAAGAAGGUUGUUGAAGGUAUCACACAGAAUGGACAAACAGAAAACUCGAGAGAAGACUUUUUGAAAGGUGAUAGUUCCCUGGUAGAUUUGAACCUUGAUCAGUUCCAACCUGCCCCUAGCACUCACAGCAAUAACCAGCCCAGCAGCACAGCUUCAUCAUUUCUAGAUGAUGAAAUGCUUUCCUUAGGUUUGAAAUCUCCACCUGCCACACCUGGUACCCAGACUAACAGUACUGACGCUGACAGUCUUCUGUCUGAUCUUGAUGAAAUCUUUGCACCGUCAGCUUCCUCCACAUCUCAGCAGGCAGCUGUAUUUCCACCCAAUGCUUUUGCUAUGAACCAGCCUGUGUCUGCAAUGACCAACAUGGUAGCUGCACCAGUAGCCAGUAGCAGUAUGGGUUUUAGUCAUCCUGCAGGUCACAUUGGCUUAAACCAAGGUCAACCUACUAUGAGCUUAAACCAAGGUCAACCAGUAAUGGGCUUAAACCAGGGUCAACCAACUAUGGGUUUCAGCCAACCAUCACUACAGCCUGUAGCCAGUGGUGUGGUUGGGUCCAUGCCGCAAAAACAACCUCAGAUGCCAGCAACUCAAGGGUCUGUGUUUGAUACGAAGCCAAUGCAGAAGGUGUCAGAGUCACAAGGGAAAGCAUUGGAUGAUUUGAAUGCUCUCGGCCAGUCACUUAUGCAACAAAAUCUGACAAAAAAUACAGCCAACUACUCUUUUAAUCAGACUCAAAAGCCAGGAAAAAUUCCGUUAAACCAAUUGGCAUCUGGUCAGAUGGCACAGACCACACCCAUACCAUCUCAAAUCCUGCAGACCACCCCUGUACCAUCUCAACCAACUGUUGCUAUGGCAACUCAUCCUCCACCCGUUGCCAUGGUAUCUGGGUCAGGGGACACAACUCUACUGGGAUCAUCACCAGCUACACCAAAAACAACUGAGGUUAAACCACUUACAGAUGUGUUUGUUGCUUUAGAAUCCAUACAGCCAGGCUCAGCUCCACCAGUGAGUGCCUAUGACAAGAAUGGACUGAAAGUUUUAAUACAUGUAGCGAAGGACCGUCCACGAGAAGAUGUUAUAGUGAUGGUUAUUUCAGUUCUCAGUACAAACACAUCCCCUGUAAAAGCCUUUAUAUUCCAGGCUGCAGUCCCAAAGGUAAUGAAAGUAAAGUUACAGCCUCCGUCAGCCACAGAUUUACCAGCAUUUAAUCCUAUACUCCCUCCUUCAGCCAUAACUCAAGUAAUGCUUAUAGCUAAUCCACAAAAGGAAAAGAUAAGGUUAAAAUUCAAGAUUUCUUACUCCAUAAACAAUGAGACACAUACGGAUGUUGGAGACAUUGAUAGUUUUACAGUACAAUGAGGGACAGGAUAACUACUUAAUGACAGUGGAAGGAAUAUGUUCUUAAAUAUGUGAUAAGAUGAUUGUGUGAAACCAGCUGUGAUACAAGGAAUGAAGAAAUAAAACCAGUCUUCAUUGAAAAUGAUGGAAUAAUGGUUUUUCAUUUGUGCUGAUGAAAAUCAGCAUAUGGAAGUGUGACAAAGUCAAACUCUUCAAUUCAAUAUAAUAAGUUUUUUGUUAUGGUAAUAGGAUUGAAGUUUUUGGGUAGGCUUUUAACCCGGUCCAAUGUAGAAAUAUUAUAAGAAUCUUUCACUGUUUGCAGAUAAAGAUGGGAAUAUCUGGCUCUCGUGUAACUGUUUAGGCGAUAACGAGGCUCCUGCCGAGUUACCGCCUAAACAGUUACCCGAGUGCUGGAUAUUCCCAUCUUUACCCACAGCCAGUGAUUGAUUCUUUUUCUUGCAUGCCUUAUUCUUCAAUUUGUAGAAGAUAUAAAGAAAAACAAAGGUUUUAAGGUGCUAUUUUGUUAUAGUAACGUAUGAAUUUACGCAUUCAUUCAAAAAUGAUAGCACACGAAGAACCAAAAAGUCACUUUUUAGGAACUAGCUGUUAAAGGGAUACUCGGGUGUUUUUAAGUCAUAGCUCCAUAAUUUAUUUAUAAUACUUUAACUCACUUAAAGGAGACAGACAGAGGCUGUUUAUUGAAUUAAAUUUUGCAAUGUGAUUCGCUGUAUGGCAUUAUGUAAAUUGUGAAAAGGUGACAGGUCGUCCAGAAAAGCAUCUGAAUGCCAAACUCUUAAAUCCUAAUAUGAGCCAUGCCAUGAGAAAACCAACAUAGUGGGUUUGCGACCAGCAUGGAUCCAGACCAGCCUGCGCAUCCGCGCAGUCUGGUCAGGAUCCAUGCUGUUCGCUAACAGUUUCUCCAAUUCCAAUAGGCUUUAAAAGCAAAC